AUGGCGCAGCAACAUUCAACGAUGGACGAAGAGAAUUGGAAGGCCUCCCUCAAGCGGCCCGAGAAAGACACGCGCGUGCAAACGGAAGAUGUGACGAAUGUGAAAGGCAAUGAAUUUGAAGAUUAUUUUCUGAAACGAGAAUUGUUGAUGGGUAUUUUUGAAAAGGGCUUUGAGCGUCCAUCUCCAAUUCAAGAAGAGGCUGUGCCUAUUAUCCUUGCAGGACGUAAUGUUAUGGCCCGUGCAAAGAAUGGUACUGGCAAGACCGCCGCUUUCAUUAUACCAUGUCUUGAAAAGACAGAUACAAACAAAAAGCACAUACAAGUGCUUAUUCUCAUUCCUACACGCGAGUUAGCUCUUCAGACAUCAGCGAUUGUCAAGGAAAUUGGCAAACAUAUGGGCAUUGAAUGUAUGGUAUCUACAGGUGGUACAAGUCUUAAAGAUGACAUUAUGCGUCUUUAUCAAACGUGUUCGACAGUUAUUAUGGACGAAGCUGACAAAUUGUUAUCGCCUGAGUUUCAACCGCUGCUUGAGCAGCUUAUUAACCACACAGCCAAGGAUCGUCAAAUUUGUCUCUUUUCAGCCACUUUUCCUGUUACAGUCAAGGCGUUUAAAGAUCGAUUUGUUGACAAUCCUUACGAGAUUAAUCUUAUGGACGAACUCACGUUAAAAGGUGUCUCGCAAUUUUAUGCGUUUGUAGAAGAACGUCAAAAAGUUCAUUGUCUAAACACUCUCUUUUCCAAGCUUGAUGUAAAUCAAUCGAUUAUCUUUUGCAAUUCCGUGAAUCGUGUUGAGCUACUGGCUAAGAAAGUCACGGAACUUGGAUACUCUUGCUUUUAUAUUCACGCCAAGAUGAAUCAAGCGCAUCGUAAUCGCGUGUUUCACGAAUUUCGCAAUGGAGCUACAAGGCAUUUGGUGUGCUCGGAUCUAUUUACGCGUGGAAUUGAUAUUCAAACGGUGAACGUUGUGAUAAAUUUUGACUUUCCAAAAAACUCUGAGACUUAUUUACAUCGAAUUGGUCGCUCGGGGCGGUAUGGUCAUCUUGGAUUGGCUAUCAAUAUGAUAACGUAUGAUGAUCGAUUCAAUCUCUAUCGAAUUGAACAGGAACUCGGGACGGAAAUUCGACCAAUUCCGCCAGUGAUUGAUCGCAAUCUUUACUGCAAAUAA